UGUAUAUGUGGUUGUAGAACAUAUAUAAAUUUCCAUGCUAUAUUAAUUGUUUAUUACCCUAAUUUUUAAAAUCUUUUUACCUUAUCAAACUCGAUACCGCGUAGGUUACGCCACUGCGUAGUACGAACUAAUUAUCCUACUGCCCUGUGGUGCCUAGACAUCUUAGCUUAGCUUAUAGUGAAGAAGUCUUAAGGUGGUCGGUCGGUCAGUUAAAGGUUUGGGUGAUUGUAGGAUAGAUUUGCGGUCCCGCAAGGUCAGUUUUGCUGUGAUAAUCGUACUUAAAUAGUGUAAAGCUGAAGCGUAGUUGUAGUUAUUAUUUGAACUGCAAUUUUCUUAAUGCAACUCAUUACGUUUAAUAGACAACAUUUUUAUAUAAUUAUCUUGGAAUCUGUAGUUUUACGUAGAACAUACAUGUACUCGACGGUACCUUAUUUGUGUUUAACAAAAAAGUGACAAACGAAGUUAAAGGACAGAGAAACGAAGUUUAUUUAUCUUAUUAUCUCAAAAAGACUUCAUCAUGGAAAUAGCUACGAUAAUAUGUUUGCUAACGACUAUAACAUUCUUAUUGUACUUACUAGGUAAGAAAAAAUUUUCUUACUGGAAAGACAGGAACGUCGAAUACAUUGAACCACUUUUCUUUUUCGGAAACUUCAAAGAAGUGAUUAAAAGAAACAUUCACAUGACCGAGUUGAUGGAUGAUAUCUACCAAAGGGUUAAGUCGAAAGGAAAGAAAUACGGGGGUGCUUAUGCAUUUUUUACACCACAGUUCAUUCCGGUGGAUUUGGAUCUUAUAAAAUGUAUAAUGCAAAAAGAUUUUUGGAACUUUCCAAACCACGGACUGAUCUUUAACGAAGAAGCGGAUCCAAUUUCGGCGCAUCUGUUUAACUUAGAGGAUGAUAAAUGGAAGGACAUGAGAGCAAAGUUAACUCCAACCUUUACUUCGGGUAAGAUGAAGAUGAUGUUCCAGACCAUGGUAGAUUGCACCGGUGGUCUACACCAGUUGCUAAACAAAUCUGCUGUAAAAAAAGAACCGAUAGACAUCAAAUAUGCUUUAGGCUGCUUUACAACCGACGUAAUCGGCUCAGUUGCGUUUGGUUUGGAAAUAAAUAGUUUAGAAAACCCCGAUUCAGACUUUAGAAAGUACGGAAAUAAAAUAUUUACGCCCACAAUAAGAUCCAGAUUUGCUUUCAUAACAUUGGGUAUAUUUCCAGAAUGGCUGUUCAGAUUUUUAGGUAUUUCAUUUUUUGACCAAGAAACGUCUAAUUUUUAUCUAAAUUUAGUUAAAAACACUGUGGAGUAUAGGGAGAAGAAUAAUAUUUAUCGCAAGGAUUUCAUGCAUCUCCUGAUUCAACUAAAAAAUACUGGAAAGAUCGGAGAUGAUGAUGACCGAAAUCUGCUUCAAAAGAAUAAAGCAAAUGUUGAAGGUCUUACAUUGAACCAAAUAACUGCACAAGCUUUUGUAUUCUUUAUAGCAGGAUUUGAGACAUCAGCAACUACAAUGUCAUUUGCGUUACUGGAACUCGCCCAACGUGAAGAUAUUCAAGUGAAAGUGAGAGAAGAAAUAAAUAGGGUUCUUGAUAAGUAUGAUAACAACAUGACUUUUGAUUGUUUAAUGGAAAUGGAGUACUUGGAAAAAGUUCUUUUAGAAACUUUGCGGAAACAUCCUCCCGUUGGUGUCUUGCCAAGAAUCUGUACCAAACGGUACAAUGUUCCAGAUAGUGAUUUAGUUAUAGAACCUGGCAUAAGUUUAAGCAUUCCCUUAUUUUCCAUUCACAGAGACCCAGAGUAUUACCCUAAUCCAGAGGAAUUUGAUCCAGAACGGUUUAAUGAAGAAAACAAAGCCAAACGGCAUCCAUUUGCAUUUAUGCCAUUUGGUGAAGGUCCCAGGACAUGUAUAGGUCUCCGCUUUGGAAAGAUUCAAUCAAAAGUGGGCCUAUGUUUUGUUUUGAAAAAUUACAAAGUCACCUUAAACGAAAAAACCAAGCUACCUAUUAAAUAUGACAUGGGUUUUAUAUCAUCCGCUAAGGGUGGCGUCUGGUUGAAUUUGGAACCUAUAUCAUCCAAUACAAAAUAAAUUCUGAUUUAAGUUAUAUAUUCUUUUAAGUUAAUUGUAGGAUAGUAUAAAAU